AUGCGCGGCACUCAGGAGCAGCCAUUCGUAAUAGGCUCCUCGCCUGUCGCCAAAACCAAUACCAACGAGCAACCCGUGCCUCAACCGGACGUAGACGAUCGGUCUCUGGAGAAUCGGCUCGAACAUGCGAGUGCGAACAGCAGCUCUCUGCCGGCGCCGAUACCUCCUGCGCCCAAGACCAACACCAACAGACGGAGCAUCGCCGGCUACUAUGUCUUUGUGAGUGACAUCGGCCAGGUCUAUGGCCAAGACAUCAAGCAACGCUUCCUACGGCUCUCCCAAGUUCAGCAGGCUGGCGAUCUUGACCCGGAGACAUACCUAGAUCGGGUCAUCAUACUUCUACAUGAGCAUCCUGAUUUCCUCAUCCGCCUGAACGAUUUCUUGCCUGAUGGCUGGAGAGUACAACACAUUAACGCGAAUGGCCGGGUGGGCUUCCGAGUGCAACGCCCGUUUGUACUUGAUCCUCGAUAUGACAACUUCAAUCAGUUCUACGGGGUUCAGGGCGCCAAUACUCAGCGAGAAGUCUCUGGAAUGCAGGUGACGGUGCACGAGGAACAGCGAGCGCCUGCUAUGGGCACUUGGGGCCUGAUGACUGCGCAGCUUCCGACGACGUAUGAGAAUGCUGGCUACCAGAACGCGCCAUCAAUUCCAAACCCGCUGGCGCCCCGUCCAUUCGAGGUGCCAGCUCGCACAACGCACAACGAACAGGGUGCUGGCCCGAGUAGAGUGGCAGGCGGAGAGGUCCUCCUACAUGGCAUGGACCACAAUGGUGAGGUCGUAGCCAUCAGCAAGACUCCAUCCACAGACCCCAUAGCACGCAAGCGGACAGGAAGCCUCGCGACACCAGCUCCUGCUGCAGCCCCAGAGCCAGCUCCAGAACGAGAAGAGAGCCUCGCAGAGCUCGUCAGACAAAUUCGGCGUCUCGUGCCCAAUAUCGGUCGAUCCGGCUGGCUCCAGCCAAUCAUCAACCAAUCGAAACUUCGCGACAUACCCGUCGACGAGCGGAAACAGGUGCUGCGAGAUACUCUUACUCGCCUUGCUGAUCCUGCACAGCGAGUCUUGGCCACGACGAAGAAUAAGCGGCCUGAAGCUCGUCGCUCUGAGAAGCGCAAGGAGCGUGAGGUGGCUGUUAGGAAGGUCAAGAAGGACGAUGAGCAGGGAGAGUGGUCGGAGCAGGGUGCGAGGGAGGAUGGGGCGACGUGCUCGGCUCAGUGGUGUAGCAAUAUUCUGUUGCCGGAGGAAGAAGAAGUUGGUCUCUGCGAGGAUUGUCUGGACGAAGUGCAGGAAGGGGAUGAAGGUAGCCAGUAUGGGUCGGAUAUUGAGCUGGAGUGA